GGUGCAUCAUCAUAUGACCAAGUGUCAUGGCCGACUUCUGAUACUCUCAGGCGGAGUCCAGCCAAAUUUUCCUCGCGAUUUCAUACGGAAAGCUACCUGUUUGUCAACAUAAGAAAGGAAUAGUGACUAAAGCCAGACGAUGAACCGGGGAGAGUUUGGUGCGUACGGUUCGGUGGAGACGGGUGGGUUUGACCGGAGAGAUGAGCGAUACGGCGUACCCAGGGGUGCCGGGUACCAGGAUAAUGGCUCCAAUGAUGUCAACCGUCUGUGUGAGCUGACAAGCACCAACAUCUUUACCAUCUCCAACAAUGCCUCCUCCUUGGAGAAAACCCUAAAGCAGAUCGGGUCAGCCAAUGACAGCCAUCAGCUCAGGGACAGAGUCCACAAUAUGCAGCAGCAGACCAACCUGUUAGUGAGUGAGACUGCCAGGUGCUUGAAGCAGCUGUCACAGAUGACAAGGGGGGCUCCUAAGCCACAGAAGCUACAAGUGGACAGAUUAAGUAACGAGUUCAAGCAGAGUGUACAGAGAUAUGGAAUCAUUCAGAAGAGAGUAGCAGAGCAGUCCAGAAUGAGUGUGGACAGCAUUAGGAGUCCCAGCAGGGCAUCACAGCAGGGUUUCCUGGAUGAUGACUAUGGAGAUGAGUCCACCAGCCUGCUGGAGGAGGAGCAGCAGCGCAGGAGGGUGGAGGAGCUCCAGAGACAGGAACAGGUCAUCGACUUCGAGGGCGACAUCAUCAGGGAGAGGGAGGAGAGAAUACGGGAGAUAGAGGCUGAUAUUCUGGACAUCAAUGAGAUUUUCAGGGACCUGGGUACCAUGGUACAUGAACAAGGAGAGAUGAUUGAUACCAUAGAGGCAAACGUUGAGAAAGCCUACGGCAAUGUGGAGUCAGGGAACAAACAGCUAGAGAAGGCCAGCCAAUAUCAGAAAAAGGCCAGAAAGAAGAUGUGCUGUUUGCUGGUGGUUCUGCUCGUUGUGGGUGGCAUCAUUGCUCUUAUUGUUUACCUGUCUGUCAAGAAAUAGAUGACACAACCAUAUCACGCUCAGUGAGGACAUAGACUAUUCUUCAAGGAAUCAAACAACUCAAGGAUGGGAGAGUUUGAUUCAGAAACAUAGCAAAUGAACAGGAAAAUCUAGAAUCACUCAUCAGCAAAUAUGCAAUCUGAUUGUAGACUAUCCACAGUACCACAGUACCAUGUUGAUUUACAUGUAUUUCUCUGUUAAAAAAAGAAGGUUAGAGUCACACAAUAUGCACCUUCCCAGACAGAUCUGCCAAACAUUAGAUUUGACAUACUCAUCUUUCAUUUUUGUUGUUUAAAUUUACUGGUUCUUACCCAUCCCUCCCCAUAAUGUACAUAGUAAAUGAGAACCAGUUAUAUAUUCAUACCAACUAUAAUUAGCUUUGCACUAUAAGGGACAAGUAUGGCUGUAAUAUGGAUAAUAGGAUCAGGAAGUUGACAUUGAUUUCAUGUCGCUUACUUAAAGUUAAUCAGUUAUCAUUAGUUUCAUGUUGUAAAUGCUGCAGAAAAAAAUGAAGUGAGGUAAAAUAUUUUAUAUGAGAUUUUAGAUAAUUUUUCCUGGUUUCAGUUCAGCUUAUAAUCUCUUGUAAUGAGCUUUCCCAGCCUAAACUUCAUUUUAAACAGUAUAAAGUGUGUAAUGUGAAUUAAUCUGAAGUCUAGGGACAGAGUACAGGAUGCAUGUAUGAUAUAACACAUCCUUCACUUCACGUCUGCCUUCUAAGUUAGACUUCUCAGACAUUCAAUACUUUUGGCUGGAAACCAGCCAAGGCCAUUCUUCCAAAUUUUGAUAUGUAAGAAAAAUCUGUCUUAUUUUAGUCAAUAAAGUUUCUUCAAGUAGCCAAUUUAUAUUCCCUACCAUCAGAUGACCUUUUGCUGCUGACAGAUUUGACAGCAUUGCAAUGUUAAGGCACUGGUGAAUUAUAGCCAUUCUUUAUGCUUUUCUUCGUGUUAUAUCUGCAGAGAACUACCUUCUUGUUUGAACCUGCAAAACAAUGUAUAUGUCAGGGUAGGGACCCUGAUUCUGAUAUCUUUGUCUUUGUCGACCCAGACUCCAAUCAGGAUGCUGUUAAUGUGUUAGGGUGGUUUCCUAUUUACAGGUCCUAAAUUUCAAGUCCAUCUAAAGAGGCAUGAAUAAAAGCUGAAAAGUUCUGUCUGUCUUUGAAGCGAAUAUCUUAAAAUUUACAGACAGAGACUCUGAUUCUGAUUUCUACCAGUACAAUUGCCAAUUCUACCAGAGCAGAGUGUCUACCCUGACACAUACAGUAAUGCAGAUCAAACAUAUCUGGCAAUGUGAUUAUGAAGAUAGAUGCACAAAAAUGAAGACAUAAGGUUUUGCUCAAAAUACCCCAUGAAGUAACCUUGAAUCUGGAGCUUCCAAAGUGAAACAUCAACAGAAGCAAUCAAUAGAGACCUAUCCAUUUUCUUGAUGGAUAAUGUAUUCAAUCUUUCAGAAUCACUGGGUUUAACUAGGAGACAUCUUUUGUUUUCACACCAGUGCACUUUACAUCAUUUACUUAUGAAAGCUGUCAAGGAGAGAGGGCAUUAAAUUGACCCAUAUUUUAUAGCCACUGUAAUAUCACACUGUGCAUUUAAUGACAAUAUCAUAUGAGGGAAUGCUUAGUUUAAUAUGAAUUGUUCACUUUAUGCGUUUGGGGACCUUAUACCUGUUCAAGGCCAGCAUUUUCCACCAGGAUGAUUUUAACUGCCAGGUCUUAAAACAGGAGGGUCAUUUAUGCAUGCAGAUGAGUAUUAGCAUACUUUACAGCUCCUCUGCUGACAACAGUGUGUUAGAUACAAAUGUAUUUGGUAAGAAAAAUAAUUCACAAAAAAAUAUGUUGCUUCAGUUCUUUCCAUGCUUUCAAUGACUUAUGUUGAUCAUAUUUUUGAAGUGUAAAAUUGAUACCCAAAUUUAGUUUCCAUGUUGUAUGUCUGCUAAGUGUUAUCAGCAUGGUAGAUUGAAUUACCUGUACUUUGCAAAAUUAUCCCUUGCAAAGCUUGGUGAAUCCUGACAUUUAUGAAUGCUGCUAAAACCUUCUUUUUGUGAUGCUUGCCAUGUCUUUGAUUUUAGCAUUGUGAAGUAACAUAGACUAGAUUUUCAAGAUUUUGAUCAUUCCAUCGUAGAAAAAAAGAUCUCAGUCUAUGUAGUUUUUAGACAAUCUUGAAAGAAAUGUUUGAUUUUUGUACUUCUGACCUUGUGAAACAUGUACAUGUUAGUUUUUCUUAUGCUCCAUUCUUUUGUAUUUUACAUCAUUUCUUGAUUAAAGAAUUUAAGCAUUGAC